UCGACUGCGUGGUCUGCUUAAUGUCUGUCUGUUAGGUGCCAUGGGGUGUAGACAUUUCUGGUGUUGGUUAUUUUAAUCUAUUUUUGCAUGGAUACCAACGAUGUCCAAAUAUUGUAAUUUUAGUAAAAAUGACAAGGAGGUCGAUUAGACUUUUGGUUGCGACGUUAAUAUUCGGCACAGCAAUCCUUUUUGGCAUUUUUUCUUUUGCUUCAAACAAAAAUGCCCAAAGUCAAGAUUUUACCAAAGAGUCCUACCUAGAGAUGAAGAAUGAAUUGAUUAAAAUGAAAAAUGAGAAUCUCAAGCUUAAAGUUCAAGUCAACCAACAAUAUGAGCAGCCAGAGAUCAACUUAGAUGCUGCCAUUGUACCCAGUGAUCAGCUUAAACCCUGUGCCAAAGAUGCUAGUAUUCUUGUGAAACGCUGUGAAAUCAUUCAUGUUGCUAUUGUAUGUGCUGGUUAUGAUGCUUCAAGAGCAGUCUCUACCCUAAUCAAAUCCUUGCUUUUUUACCGCAAGAAUCCCAUUCACCUUCAUUUUAUAGCUGAUGCCAUUGCUGAAAACAUUUUGAAAACACUAUUUCAAACAUGGGAUAUUCCCCACAUGAAUUACAGUUUUUACUCAGCUGAUGAACUAACUUCCGAUGUAGCUUGGAUUCCAAACAAACACUAUUCUGGUGUUUAUGGGCUCCUGAAACUUACGCUGCCCAAAGUUCUGCCUCAAUCUGUGGACAAAGUCAUAGUCUUUGACUGUGAUGUCACCUUUUCAGCUGACAUUGCAGAUCUCUGGGCAGUUAUCUCAUCCUUCUCGUCCAGUCAGGCAAUUGGACUUGUCGAGAAUCAAAGUGACUGGUACUUGGGGAAAUUGUGGAAAAAUUAUGAGCCAUGGCCAGCCCUAGGCAGAGGAUUCAAUACUGGAGUGAUUGCGAUGGACUUGAAAAAAUUACGUUCGUUAAAUUGGAAUCAGCUAUGGUUGCUGACGGCUGAAAAGGAUCUAGUCAGUCACUAUUUCACAUCACUUGCUGAUCAGGAUAUUUUUAAUGCUGUACUUUUCCAAGAGCCUCAUCUCGUAUAUCGUCUGCCUUGCCAGUACAAUGUCCAGUUAUCUGAUAAUACGCGAUCUGAAUCAUGUUACAGUGAAGUCGCCGAUUUGAAGAUUAUUCACUGGAACUCUCCGAAGAAAUUAAAAGUCAAGAACAAACACAGCGACUUUUUCCGUAAUUUGUACUACACUUUUGUUGGUUUUGAUGGAAACUUUCUCCGACGACAGCUUUUUCAUUGUAACGAUUCCGUAUUUAACCAAUCAUCCGUCGAUGAUCUUCCGGUAUGUCAUCGUUACAUUUAUUUUCCAACGUUUCAAUGUAAAGAAUUAAAUCAAUAGGUGGAAGAUGAUGCUUGCUACGAGAUCCGUAAAGCUCGUGAUGCCAAAUACCGAACGCAUCUUUUUUAUUUGUCUUAUGAUGCUGGUAAAAUAGACGACAACGACAUCACCUGGGUAGCCCAGUUGUCACUCGACAGGCUGCAAAUGAUUGAACCCCUUUGUCGAUUAUGGGAAGGACCAAUAAGUCUCGCUCUUUACUUGUCUGACACGGAAGCCGAUCAAUUCCAUUCGUUUGUCACGGAAUCGCACUACCUGAAUUCCAGGACCAACAUCGGUUACCACGUCGUUUACAAACAAGGAAGUUUGUAUCCAGUCAAUUUAUUGAGGAACGUGGCUCUGGAACAGGCCAGCACGCCAUUCGUCUUCCUCUGUGAUAUAGAUUUCUUGCCCAUGCCGAAUCUCUACACUACAUUGAAAAAAGCUGUCCAGUCGCUCAAAGUGGCCACCGAAAAUAAGGCUUUGGUGGUUCCAGCUUUUGAAAGUCAACGGUAUCAGACCAAAGUGCCCCGUACCAAAGCUGAGGUAAUUGCCGCUCUGGACAUGGGCGACCUGUUGACCUUUCGUUACCACGACUGGGCCCUAGGACACGCAGCCACCAACUUUCCCAUGUGGAGGACGGCCACUAUUCCUUACAAAAUUAAAUGGGAACCAAAUUUCGAGCCUUACGUUGUGGUGCGUCGGGACGUGACACGCUACGAUCCCCGAUUCCUGGGUUUCGGCUGGAACAAGGUCUCGCAUUCGAUGGAAUUACACGCCCAGCACUACGAGUUCCAAGUCUUGCCCAACGCGUUUAUCGUCCACUUACCUCAUUCGCCCAGCGUCGACAUUUCCAAAUAUCGAGGCUCCUCCCAGUAUCGAAAGUGCUCCGAAUCUCUGAAAUCGGAAUUCAUCGUCGAUUUGAAGAAGCGCUACUCCGAUUUUAGUUUCAAAUAGCUUUUUCAAGACUUAUGUUGUUUGUGUAAUCGGGAUCCUUCUUCUUGAUUAUUACCCCCCAAAGAAAUAUACAAAUCUCCGUUUUCUA